UCAUUUCUUUUUGGCCUUUUCCAGACUUCACAUCGGCUCCGUUGAGCUGAUUGUGUUUUCGUUUCAAAAUUUGAAGUUAGGAAAUUUUUUUGUACCUCGGGGAUAUUUGUUUGGUUUCGGAAUUGUUGAAUUUUCUUCUGAGCUGUCUAUAUUAACCUUUGGCAGUCAUGUCUCUGUUGCGCGGUGUAGCACGGAAAACUCAUGGACAAAUUGUAAACCGUUUAUUGGGCAUGGUUAGCCAGCAGCGUGCCUAUGCCAAGGAUCACAAUCCAUCGCCGAAGUGCAGCAGCGAUUCCGGCAAGGGCUGUGGCAGUUUAAAAAGCUGCGGCGACCCUCGCUUCGAGAAGAAACCACCGCCAAAGCAGGAGGAUACCUUUCAGUUUCAUCACCUGAUCAAGAUACCACCGGAGUGCUGCGACGAUCCUUGCCGGGAUCGCUAUCCUGCUUAUGACGACUGCUUUUAUGAGAUUUCGGACAAGGCGAAACGCAAGUAUCAGGUAACCUGGGUAGAAUGCCCGCCCAUUAAGAUAAAGCCCAAGAAGAUUUGCUGUUUCGAGGCGGGAAAACGUCCUCCAAUCCCGCGGCGCAAGCGCAAGGAAUUCGUAGCCUCUGUCGAAUGUCCCACAGAGCAGGUGUGUCCCAAGGACGACGGUCUGUGCCCCAAGAUCAAAAUGCCCGGUUGCAGGCCCGUUGAUAAGGUAUCGUGCCACAUAGUCCGGCGUAAGACCCAAUGCGUCAAGGUCAAGGCACCGUAUCCCUCGUUCUCGGAGUGCGCUCACGGCCCGCUUCGCAGGCCGCGGGCCAUUGAGUGUCACUGCCUGGAUAUUCCAAGCUCCUGUGAACUCAUCCGUGAGCUUGCGAAACGCGAGGGGAAUCCUGGCACGGGUAAUUGCGGCGGAAGCAGGCUAUAAUUGCGUUUAAGAGGGAUUUAAUAUCUUGUUCCGUUAUCUGAAGUAUUCCGAAGCCAAAUCAGAAAAAUAUCUUUUAAACCUUGUGUGCAAUUCCUAUUAAAUAGUAUAACAUCGA